UCACAGCAGAGUGCACUUAGUGCUGACCUACCUUUGCAUUACAACACCUUUGAAGAGCCACAGGAGCAAGGGAUGUUGGAGGAGUUUUCAGAGUUGCCCACUCACAGCAACAACAAUGCUCUCUUAGAGCAGGCUGCACUUAUGUCCAGGAGAGUGAGCACGGUGUCUGAGUCAUCCACAGUCUCUGUUGAGGAUGAUAACGGGGAGGAAAGAUCUAAUGAUGAAGUUCUGGCACAGAAAUCAGAAGAAAAAAAGGGCUCUACAUUUGGAUGGUUUAGCUGGUUUCGUUCCAAGCCAACCAAAGAAAUUUCAAUCCCAACAAGGAAUCCACAAACUGCAAAAUCUUCAACUCAGGCUGAAUCUCCACCAAGACCAAGUGACAAAAUUCUUCCACCACCUCCAACCUCUGGCUACUUGGCUCCUGACAACACAAUGAAUUUAUCCUCCAGAGGAAUUAAAGAAAGUGAAGAUCGGCAGAAGAUCAAUAGCAGUUCAGUAUUACCAGAGAUCCGGGGUCAGCAGGAGAGCAUGGGCAUUUAUCCAAAUGCAUCUGUCUCUGGGAGUCAGAUGAGCCAGCCGACUGGAGUUGUCCCCCUGUACAAUCCUUCACAGUUCUUACAGGACGCAAGCCGAAGUUCAAAUCCUCCAAGACGUCCUCCACGGGGGCGAUACCCACUACCACCCAGAUGA